AUCUAUCAGGCAUAUUAAAAUUUAUUAAUUAAGCCUUUUUGGUUACAUAUAUAUAUAUAUAUAUAUAUUUUUUUUUUUAAUAAAAAAUUAAAAUGUAUACAAUUAAAUAGACAUUAUCGUAAUAUAUUGAGACAACGUUUCUUGAUUACAAUAGUGUGAGGAUAAUAUAAGUUUUCUGGUGGCUUCGAUUUCUAUGUUAAAUAUUUUAACAUACGUACAAACAGACACAUACACAAACUGAUUAAUCGAAAUAUCAAAUGAUAAAAAAUUUCGCUACUACAGGAUAGAUUCAAUAUUCUAUCAGUUAUUCUUAGAAGCAUAUAUAUGACUAAAUAGUAUUGUGUCACUUAUAUACAUUGUUGGUGUUAUCCGCUCAGUGGUUCUCAUUUGAUUUCUUUAAUGUAAUGUAACACACAAUAUUCAAUAUCCUUCAGUUUCCUCUUGAACGUUGUAUAGUACGGACAUAAGAUGUGGAAGACUACGACGGUUAUACUUAUUUUAUCUAUUGGCCUAUAUCAUCUUAUAUUUCAAUCGGAAUUAAAGAAGCCAGAUUUGCCAGAAACUUUUUGGGGUCCAGAAAAAAAUAAAGCUGCCUCGAAGAACGUUAGACCGUUCAAAGUCGACGUACCAAAAUCGGUCAUCGAUGAUUUAAAUAAACGUCUGGAAAAUCCAAGAUUGGACGUAGAACCAUUAGAAGGUGCCGCAUGGACUUAUGGUGUUCCAGCUCCUUAUUUAAAAAAAAUUAUUACAUAUUGGCAUAAUAAAUAUAACUGGACCGAGAGACAAUCUCUUCUGAAUAAAUAUCCACAAUUCGUAACAAACAUCCAAGGUCUCGAUAUUCACUUUUAUCACGUUAAACCGUCGAAUCUUCCAAAGGAUAGAAAGGUCAAAGUUUUACCAUUACUUUUAGUCCAUGGUUGGCCUGGUUCAGUGGUUGAAUUUCAAAAGAUCAUUCCUUUGUUAACAACACCCAGACCAAACAAAAAUUUUGUCUUUGAACUUGUCAUUCCAUCUUUACCUGGUUAUGGUUUUAGUGAUGCUGCUGUUCGUCCUGGAUUAGCGCCAGCUCAUAUGGGUAUUAUCUUUAAGAAUCUCAUGACAAGAUUAGGCUUUGAAAAAUAUUAUAUUCAAGGUGGUGACUGGGGUGCUGUUAUAACUUCUUCAAUGGCUGCUCUUUAUCCAGAAAAAAUCUUAGGAUUGCACUCAAACAUGUGCACUAAUAGUAAUCCAUUGGACUUUUGGUAUAUUCUUGGAAUGGUAUUUCCUUCUCUUGUUGUUGACAAACAAUAUGAACAUAAAAUGUAUCCAUUAAAAAAUCGUUUUUAUCGACUAAUGGAGGAAACUGGAUAUUUGCAUUUACAAGCUACCAAGCCAGACACAAUCGGUCUUGCAUUGACGAAUUCGCCAGUGUCAUUGGCAGGUUACAUACUCGAAAAAUUUAAUACAUGGACGAAUCCCGAAUAUAAAACUAGAAAAGACGGUGGACUACUUGAAAAAUUUACUAUCGAUGAACUUUUGGAUAACGUCAUGUUAUAUUGGGUGACCGAUUCCAUAACAACCAGUGCACGUCUUUAUGCUGAACAAUUUACACACAAUUAUAGAGAUUUAAAUAUAGAUGGAUUACCAAUCGAUGUACCAUCAGCCUGUGCCAUAUUUCCUCACGAACUUACCUACACUCUAGAAAAAAGUCUUCGUGCGAAAUAUUUAAAUUUGAUUCAAUUCAAUCAUAUGCCCGGCGGUGGUCAUUUUGCAGCCAUGGAAGAACCUAUUGUAUUUGCAAAUGAUGUAUACGAUUUCGUCGAUAAGAUUAUUGAACAAUCGAAGAAUGAUAAUAAAAAGACAGUGGUUACGGAACAAGAUAAUAAAAAACCUAAGAGUACAUAAGAGAGAAAGAAAGACA